GAUCCGGUUUAGAGACAGAAAAAAUAUUAAAAAUGGUGUUUUUUGUGGAAAAAAAUAGCUAUUACAUGUAUUUCAUGAAGUUUUAUGGCAAAACGCACAUUGGUUCCCGUUUAAAUACCAUUUAAAGGUCUCUUUCUCAACCAUGUGCGAUUGUUUACAUCAGCAGAAUCAGUCUUUUUUUUUUUUCUCAAAAACUAUGAAAAGAAAGGCAAAAAUCUUAAAUUUUUUUGGUGGACACGAUACAGUAACACUGAAAGUCUAUGAGUGGCAUCAACCAAGGCACCAGCGAGACUCAGUACUAGGGGAAAGCUAUCAGAGAGAGAGGUUGUUGCUGUGUCGCUUGCUACCCGCCCUUCACUCUGCUAAACAGCACGUAGUUUAUUUACGGCAUCCUGCUUUUCACCUACUGCCAACCAUGGGACAGUUGUCUAAGAGGAAUAAGUAGAGUAAAGACAUCUGGAAUAUGAGUAUGGAAGCUCAAAGAAUAAAAAGAGCAUGUUGAACCUGACACCUGAAAUACUCCAGUAACUACACAUCCUUGCAUCACCCACUAUCACCCUCACCACCUUCACACCACAGCCCACCACAUCUUGUGCAGAACAAAGACAAGAAAAUGAAGAAGAAGAGGCCUCAUUGCCCAAGCUCUUCUACAAAAUAUUGAGAAAGGAAGUGAAGGUGUUGAAAGUGACGACGAGCUUGACAUGCUGACGAAAAGAAGGCUGAAAAAUCUUUCCUCUUGUUAUUCAUGCCCAGAUUCUGCCUUUGACUACAGUUUCAAGCCUGAUGUAUGAUGUAUAACUAUGCACUGCACAUCAUGCAACUUCAAGAACACAUCAUAACCAGAAAAAGUUUCUUCAAGCCACAGCCAUACCAUCCCAACCUGAAGUAUUAUGAAUUAAUUGAUUCUUCAGCCUUUAAGCAUCAUAUUGUGAAAAGAGGAACCACUGAGAGCAAUCAUCGCUUCAAUAAGAUCAAAGAAGUGCAGUUUAAUGCACUUGGAAGAGAUUUCCGACUUAUCCUUAAUCCUCGGAAGGGAUUGCUUCACCCUCAGUUCAAAGCAUAUGCUGUUGAUGGUGCUGGGAAUGAACAGAUCAUCCAUGUAGAUCAUGAGAACUUUUAUGAAGGCCGUGUGUUUGGUGAGAAGAUUUCUGAGGUUUCAGCACACCUGGAGAAUGGCAUCAUGACAGCAACCAUACACACUCCAGAGGACACUUACCAUAUUGAGCCAUCCUGGAGACACACACCAGACACCAGUGAGGACUCCAUGGUCGUUUACCGAGGCUCGGAUGUAAAGUACAGCUGGGAGGAUAAGAAGCCCAUGUGUGACUACAUCAAGGAAGGGAAUGAAACUACAGAAGCUGAGGAUGAGGAUGAAUGGAUAGAAGGAUAUGAGCCUCCUGAUGGAGGUGUUCUGGAUGCCAUAAAUGACCAAAUCUUGAGAGCCAAGCGAAGAGUCAAGAGACAGCAGGCAGAGGCAUAUAACUUCAAUGGCGAAAAAACACGUUGUCCUUUGCUAUUAGUGGCUGACUACCGAUUCUUCAAGGAAAUGGGAGGUUCCAAUUACAAGACUACUGUGAACUAUUUGAUCAGUCUUAUUGAUCGUGUGGACAAAAUCUACAAAAACACUUCAUGGAGAGAUGCAGGAGAUAAAUUGGACUUCUCUGAUAUGGGAUUUGUCAUUAAGAAAAUUCUUGUACAUCAAGAGUGGUCUCCAGUUACCACUAAUCAGGUGCAUUACAACAUGGACAGAACUUCAUGGGAUGUCCGCAACCUAUUAGAGGUCUUUAGCCGUGAAUACUCUCACAAGGAUUACUGCUUGGCUCAUCUCUUCACUGACAUAAAGUUUGAAGGUGGCAUCUUGGGUUUGGCUUAUGUAGGAUCUCCUCGCCGAAAUUCUGUUGGUGGUAUCUGCACUCCAGAAUACUUCAAGAAUGGUCAUACAUUAUAUCUGAACUCAGGCCUGAGUUCCUCCAGGAACCACUAUGGGCAGCGUGUCAUUACUCGUGAAGCUGACCUUGUUACAGCUCAUGAGUUUGGCCAUAACUGGGGAUCUGAACAUGACCCAGACAGACCAGAAUGCAGUCCAAGUGCUAGCCAGGGAGGGUCUUACCUCAUGUAUACUUAUUCAGUGUCAGGAUAUGACAUAAACAAUAAGAGGUUUUCUCCAUGCAGUCUUCGAGCAAUCCGUGCUGUGCUGAUGGCAAAGUCAUCCCGUUGCUUCACAGAACCUGAAGAGUCUUACUGUGGUAACCAAAGAGUUGAAGGGCAGGAAGAGUGUGAUGCUGGACUUGUAGGCCAGGAUGAUAUUGAUAUGUGUUGUGAUAAACAUUGCAAACUUAGACCAGAGGCUGUUUGCAGUGACCGCAAUUCUCCUUGUUGCCAAAACUGCAAGUAUAUGAACCAAGGAGUCAAGUGUAGAGAGAAGCAGCCAGCCACUUGUGAGAAUGAAUCCAGGUGUCUGGGUACAAAAGCAGAAUGCCCCAAAGCUAAGCCAAUGGAAGAUGGAACACCCUGCAUUGAAAAAGGCCAGUGUCUUCAAGGAAACUGCCUCCCAUAUUGUGAAACGCAGGAUAUGCAGAGCUGUAUGUGUGACACAAUUGAUGAUGCUUGUAAGAGGUGCUGCAGAAAGACUCUGAAUGACACCUGCUUCCCUGUCAAGCCUGUUGAUAUUCUACCAGAUGGCACACCCUGCAUCCAGGGUUUCUGUAAUAAGGGAAAGUGUGAAAAAACUGUUCAAGAUGUUGUGGAACGUUUCUGGGAUAUCAUAGAAGAUAUUAACAUCAACACCGUUUUGAUGUUUCUUCGAGACAACAUUGUGGGGACAGUCAUCAUCAUCUCUGUCAUCAUUUGGGUACCAGCAUCCUGCAUAUUCAGUUAUGUGGAUCGUCGGCGCAAGGAGGAAUAUCACAAGUAUGUACGCUGGUAUUAUAGUAAUGAACUAGUUCAUCCAACAGACCUGGUACGAAUAAUUGACAGCAAACGGAGACGUGUACAUGAAACAAGUCGAGCACAAGAAUCCAAUAAUAGGGUUAUGGAUUCAAGUGGCAGAUCUCAUGAUCAAGGGACAAGAAUACAUGAUAUUCGAGAACCUCCUGAAGGUGCCAAAAAUCGUCAGGCUCUUAGUACUCCUCAGUGCACUCCAGUUUCACAGCAUUACACAAGUGCUAUGUAGGUUGCUUACAGGAACCCAGAAAAAUUGCCCUUAUAAACAUCACUGUAGAAUAAAUGGUACAGAAACUUUAACAGUAGUUGCUGUUGGCUUAGCUGGUCAAUGCACUCAUGAAUUUUAUGCCAUUUUCCUAAAUUUUUAUAAUAAAUCUUAUUUUAAAUUACUCUAUUAACUGAAUAAGCUUUGACAUUAGUAAACUUUUCAAGAAAAUUUCAUAAGGAAAACAGUUAUAAUAUCAAAGUACUUAUCCUUUGGAAAGUUUAAGAAAAUUAAUUAAUAGAUCAUGUAUGUUAAUUAAGCCAUGUGUGAAUCAACACAUACCAAACCUUGUAGUACAUAUUGAUGAGUUUGUAAAUAUUUUUCAUGUUUUUUUUUUUUUAUUAUUUUUUUUUAUUAUGUGCGUGUGUGUGUAGCGUAAGUACUGUUAUGUUAUAAUUGUUCUCCUUUUGAUUUUUUGUAAAUCAGCUCAUGGUCAGCCUUAUUGGUAAGGUGACCAAAAAAUAUCUUGAAAUAUGAAAAUUUGGAGAAUUGUAAAAACUUUGUCAGGUACCUCACCAAAAGGGUAGAUAGAGAGUGUGAAUUUUAUAUUAGCUUUGUCCGUGGUGACAAUAUUAUUGCUUAACUUUUCUAUUGAAGUAAUUCAGUAUUUCAGAUGAUAGAACAUUCAUGCAAAACCUGCAUACUUGUAAGGUAUAGUUUUAUAAAUUUUUUCUUCAUAAAUUCGGAGUGCAAAAGUUACUUCGCAUGUAUUGCAAAAAUAUUACUGAAUAAGUUGGAUUCAGAAUAUCUGGUGGUUUUUAGCUAAAGGGACUAUUAAGAAGGAAAGAAAGAAAAAAAAAUUGCAAAAAUGUUAAAGGCAGAAACUUCCUGCUACUUUCUUACAGAAAGUGAAGUUGAUGCAUUUUUAUUUACAGCAAUUUACAAAACAGAAAAAUACUGUGGUACCACAAGAGAAAAUAACAACACUCAUUAAUUUUAUUUUGUCAACAGUGUAAUUCUGACAAAGAAAAUAUACGAGCUAAGCUUACACUUGUACAGUUGAUAUAUGUAGCUACACAUGACAGAGUUGGUUAUUAAAAAUAUUUCUUUUAAUAUUCUAAAGCAUAAUAUUCUACAAAAUUUGAACACAUUGCAGAACAUCAAGAAAGGCAUACCUAUGAUAUUAAAUUGAAGCUCAAUAUUG